ACAGAGCGAGGUGGGUGGGAGGUUGCCGAAAGCGCUUCGUCAUUAUCGCGGCGAGGGAGUCGAAACGUUUCAAGCAUCAAGCAUCAUCAUCAGCAGAAGCCUUCGCGUAGUCGCAAAGCACCCACAGCCGCGUAACCGUCAUGUCCGAGGUGAAGAAGAAGGAGCCGGCGCCAAAGAAGACGACGUCGUCGGCAGCGGACGAGAAGAAUCGCAAGGAAAAGGCGUCCGAUGAGAAUCAGGACCUUUCUGAUGAAGACAAGCAGCUGCAGGAGGAGCUGUCGCUGCUGGUGGAGCGCCUCUCCGAGACGGAGACCCCCGCCCUGCAGCGCGCCGCCUUGGAGGAGCUGCGCCGUCAGAUCCGCAGCUCCACCACCUCCAUGACGUCCGUGCCCAAGCCGCUCAAGUUCCUGCGGCCGCACUACGCCGCCCUCUGCGCCGCCUGGGAGGCCACUCCCCCCGGCGAGGAGCGCCGGUUCUGCGCCGACAUCGUCUCGGUGCUCGCCAUGACGGUGAGCGCCGAGCGCGACUGCCUGCGCUACCGCCUGCGCGGCUCGCAGGAGCCGCUGGCGUCGUGGGGGCACGAGUACGUGCGCCACCUCGCCGGCGAGGUGGCCAAGGCCUGGCAGGACACGACCGAGGAGGACGGCGGCGGCAGCGGCGAAUCCGACGGCGUGGCGCCGGCCGGGGGCGGGCGCCCGGCGCUGCUGAAGCUGGUGGAGGAGAUCGUCCCGUACGACAUGGCGCACAACGCGGAGCCCGAGGCGUGCGACCUCCUCAUGGAGAUCGAGCGUCUGGACCUGCUGUCGGCGCACGUCGACGAGUCGACGUUCACCAAGGUGUGCCUCUACCUGACGUCGUGCGUGAGCUACGUGCCCGAGCCCGAGAGCGGCGCCCUGCUCCGCUGCGCCCUAUCCACGCUGCGCCAGUUCGGGCGCCACCCCGAGGCUCUGCGCCUCGCGCUUCAGCUCAACGACGCCGACCUCAUCGCCGACGUCUUCUCGUCGUGCCGCGACGUCACCGUGCAGAAGCAGAUGGCCUUCGUGCUGGGCCGCCACGGCGUCUUCCUCGAGCUCAGCGAGGAGCUGGAGGAGUUCGAGGACCUCACCGAGAUCAUGUCUAACGUGCAGCUCAACUCGAACUUCCUGUCGCUGGCGCGCGAGCUCGACAUCAUGGAGCCCAAGGUGCCCGAGGACAUCUACAAGACCCACCUGGAGAACAACCGCUUCGGCCCCAGCGGCUCGCAGGUGGACUCGGCGCGCAUGAACCUGGCGUCGUCGUUCGUCAACGGCUUCGUGAACGCCGCCUUCGGCCAGGACAAGCUGCUGACGGAGGAGGGCAACAAGUGGCUGUACAAGAACAAGGAGCACGGCAUGCUGAGCGCCACGGCCUCGCUGGGCCUCGUGCUGCUGUGGGACGUCGACGGGGGCCUGACGCAGAUCGACAAGUACCUGUACUCCACGGAGGAGUACAUCAAGGCGGGCGCGCUGCUGGCGUGCGGCAUCGUCAACUCGGGCGUGCGCAACGAGUGCGACCCGGCGCUGGCGCUGCUCUCCGACUACGUGCUGCACGCGAGCAACACGACGCGCGUCGGCGCCGUCUUCGGCCUGGGCCUGGCGUACGCCGGCUCGAACCGCGAGGACGUGCUCGCGCUGCUCCUGCCGGCGCUCGCCGACGGCAAGGCGAGCAUGGAGGCGGUGGGCGUGGCGGCGCUGGCCUGCGGCAUGAUCGCCGUGGGCUCGUGCAACGGCGACGUCACCUCGGCCGUGCUGCAGGCGCUCAUGGAGAAGUCGGAGGCGGAGCUGCGCGAGACCUACGCCAAGUGGCUGGCGCUGGGGCUGGCGCUCACCUACCUGGGGCGCGGCGAGGCCGUCGAGACCAUCCUGGCGGCGCUCGAGGUGGUACCGGAGCCGUUCCGCAGCUUCGCCAACGUGCUGGUGGACGUGUGCGCGUACGCCGGCUCGGGGAACGUGCUCAAGGUGCAGCAGCUGCUGCACGUGUGCAGCGAGCACUACGAGGGCAAGAAGGACUCGUCGGGGGAGGAGGGCGCCGACAAGAAGGACAAGAAGAAGGACGCGGCGGGGGGCGGCUCGGGGGCCGACGCCGGCGCGCACCAGGGCGCCGCCGUGCUGGGCAUCGCCCUCAUCUCCAUGGGCGAGGAGAUCGGCGGCGAGAUGGCGCUGCGCACCUUCGGCCACCUGCUGCGCUACGGCGAGGCGCACGUGCGGCGCGCCGUCCCGCUGGCGCUGGCGCUCCUCUCGGUGUCCAACCCGCGGCUGGGCCUGCUCGACACGCUCAGCAAGUUCUCGCACGACUCGGACGCCGAGGUGGCGCACAACGCCAUCUUCGCCAUGGGCAUCGUGGGCAGCGGCACCAACAACGCGCGUCUCGCCGCCAUGCUGCGCCAGCAGGCGCAGUACCACGCCAAGGACCCCAACAACCUGUUCAUGGUGCGCCUGGCGCAAGGCCUCACGCACCUGGGCAAGGGCACGCUGUCACUGUCGCCCUACCACAGCGACCGGCAGCUGCUGUCGCAGGUGGCGCUGGCGGGCCUGCUGGCGGUGCUCGUGUCCUUCCUGGACGUGCGCACGGUCAUCCUGGGCCGCUCGCACUACGUGCUGUACGCGCUCGUGUCGGCCAUGCAGCCGCGCAUGCUGGUGACGUUCGACGAGGAGCUGCGCCCGCUGCCCGUGGCGGUGCGCGUGGGCCAGGCGGUGGACGUCGUGGGCCAGGCGGGCAAGCCCAAGACCAUCACGGGCUUCCAGACGCACACGACGCCCGUGCUGCUGGCGCACGGGGAGCGCGCGGAGCUCGCCACCGAGGAGUACCUGCCCGUCACGCCCAUCGUGGAGGGCUUCGUCAUCCUGCGCAAGAACCCCAACUACGACAGCUGAGGGGAGAGACGAGGCGGCGGCGGGUGGAGGGGUGCAGAGAGAGAGAGAGCGGAGUGGGAGGGAAGGAGGGAGGGAGAGACGC